UGUGUCCCCACUCUGUGGGCGGGAUCAUCUGUCAGAGCUUUGAGCGAGGGCGGGGCUUAUGGCAGCACUCGCUGCUUGCCUGUCCAUCAGGACACUUUAAGGUCGGUCCAGGAAAUGGCGGCUGUUCUCCAUGCCCAGCCAAUAGCAACACGCGGAUCCCAGGCUCCUCCUACUGUCCCUGUCUCCCAGGUUACAGCCGUGCAGACUCCGACCCUCCACAUGUCUCCUGCACAC